AUGAUCGAGUUGUAUUUCUUCACAGAUCGGGCAGCCGCGAAAGACGCGGUACUUUUGCCCGCGCUCUGCCACGAUGUGGCUCUUUUCUCCAUAGCUUUACAGCUCUUUCUCCUUGUGCUGAUCCUUUGCUAUGUUUUUUUCAAGGCUCUGACCGAGCGCCUGGCCAACCUCUCGCGCGCAAGGAGCGCUGCAGCAGAGGAGGCCACAGACGAGCCGGCCCCAAAGUUCAGGAUUGAGCUGCAGCGGCCGUGCAAAUGCCUUCAGUUCGCGGUGAAGUGGGAUCCCGACAUGAGAAAUAUGAUUAACUGUCUCAAAGAGGAGGGUGAGGAAGCCCUCACACCAUUCUUCGAAAGUGAGGUCUUCAUCUGGAAGCUGCGGAAGUACGUUCGCAACAUGGUCUCAAGUGCUGACCGUUUGAACCUGAAGAGAGACGUGAUCCAGCGUCGGCAACAGCAAGAGCUCAACGAAAGGACUGCCCAAAAGACGGCUGAGCAGGAGAUGCAAGACCGACAAGCUCUGUUGGAGCUCUUCGGGCAAGUUGAUCAACCAGUGGCGGCUGCUCAGGCACCAGUGGUACAAGAGCAGGCGCCUGUGGUGGCACCUUCGGAGAAGCCAGCAGCCUCUAUUGGGGUGCCAGUUGUGGAACAAGCGGAAGACGCACCGGAUCCAUUCCUUGAGAUGCUCGCUAAGACUUCACAAAAGAAGCCAACAGACUCCCAGAUGUCCCCGGAAGAUGCUGCUGCCCUGGCUUCCAUGAUGGCAGAGGGGCCUACAAGCAGCUUGACAGAAGCAGGAGAAGCGCCGAAGGCUUUUGGGCAGGUGCUCACCGAGACUUCGCAAGGGAAGCCAGUCGAAGCUCAAAUGUCCCCCGAGGAUGUUGCAGCGAUGGCAUCGAUGAUGGCAGAGAAGCCUCCAAGCAUCACAAAUGAAGCAGCUCAAGAUGAGCAAUCUGCGGCUGGAGAGUCGGCGGAUGCCUUUAUGACAAUGCUGAUGGAGACCUCCCGGAAGAAGCUAACGGACACGCAGAUGACGCCAGAGGAUGCAGCAGCAAUGGCAGCCAUGAUGGCAGCAGAGCAGCCCUUGAAAGCAGAGGCACCGGAUGUCCACAGAACCCUCAGUGAGAGCUCGGAGAAGAAGCCGAUUGAUGCUCAACUGUCACAGGAGGAUGCUGCCGCCCUGGCAUGUUUGAUGGCAGAGGAACCCUCCAGCAACUCUACCGAAACACCGCAGGAAGAAGAGCCUUCGGCAGAAGAGUCCGCAUGCAACACAGAUGGUUGGGAAGGUGAGGACUUCUUUGCACACAUCGACUCCAGCCUGCCGCCAGAGGAAGCAGCAGUCAAGCUCUUUGCAGCAAUGGGAAUCUCGCAAGACCUUGCAUUCGUCACGAGUGCUCCUGUCGUGCCCACCAACACCAUCGAAAGCGAGGAUCCCUUCAAGAACUUUUGGGACAAUUUGGAUGAUACCAUGUCACCAGAACUGGUGGCGGCUAACCUCGUGCACACGGCCCAGCUCAUAAAGGCCUACUGA